AUGUUGCAGGAGGCGUUAUUUUUGUCCAUUAAUGUAACGGUACCGUAUCAACAUACAAUGCUAUGCUAUGCAAAAAUAAAAGCUGUACACCAGGGCAGGAAACGGGCCGGGCCGGAAUUUUGCUGGCGAGCGGCCGCGGUCCAGGCUAUUCUCGGGCUCGGUCGGGCCUGGCUGAGGCGGCUCACGGGCCGAAUUUCUUCAAUUUUAUGCUUGAAUCAAAAUUCUUUGGAAGUAGAUUUUCGAGAUCCUGAUCAUGAUCCUCGUAGCGUACCAGGUAAUACUCCAACGUAUUUAAGGACAGUUCAAGGCUUUUAUAAAGAAAUAUUGGAUUAUCCUCACAAAUAUAAUCACAGUAGUCCACAACAAUCAAUACGUCAAAUUCUAGUACGAUUUGGUGGAACCUCUACAUUAGCUGAAUUAUAUGAUAACGAACAUCAUUUAAAUACUAAUGAAGUAUCAAUUAAAGUAUAUACAUUUCACUCAUGUGUAUACCGAGAGUUAAAUAAUGUUUUAAGAAGUGGUAAUGAAGAAGUUUUAUUAUUAUUUGCUCCUUAUAUUUAUAACUUAUUAGGAGGUUUACAAGAACAUAAAAGACAUUAUCAUGGUAUCGUUUAUCGUGGCAUGGAAUUAGAAUCUACAUGUAUAUUGUCAUAUAAAAAGGGUUUAUUAUUUUAUUGGCCAGGUUUUACAUAUUGUAUUAAAGAUUUUCAAAUAGCAACUAAAUGGUGUGGAUGUACUGCUGUCUUUAUUAUUAAUGUACCACAAAAAUUUUCCCACGCAUGUUCCAAUAUAGAAGAUAUAUCUAGGUAUAGACUAGAAAAAGAAGUACUAUUACAACCAUAUACAUGCUUUCGUGUUAUAAAUGAUCCAAUUCAACAUACAUACAAUGGGAAGAAUAUAACAAAAAUAGAAAUAGUGAUUGA